UGAACAUCAAAAAGUCAAAAGUAGUAAAUAAACAUUGCUGCAAUGAAAGAUACGAAAACCUUAUUAAAGGAAGCCCGAGAGGCUAUAAAAUCGAAAGACUACAACUUAACUUUAAAAAUCUCCAAAACGAUUCUAAAACAAGACAAAACCAAUUACAUGGCGUUAGUAUUUUUAGGUUUAGCCUUACAGGAGGUAGGACCUGUUGAGCAGGCUUCGAAGGCCUUCCAAAAGGCUAUAGACUUGACUCCCAGCAAUCCUCUGGCUUGGAACGGUCUAGUGAAUUAUUACGAAAAAUUAAACACGGAGGAAUCGAAGGACAAGUUAGUGGAGUUGUAUAUUUCAGCACUUGAGGUAGAAACUAAUCCGAAGAAGAUGAUAGAGUACUGUGAGAAAUUAAGUGAACUUCACGAGAGAGGCGACGUAUCGAAGAUAACUGCAACAAUAUUUAAUUGUGCCAAUAGAGCUGAGGGUUGCUCGGGGCAAGUGUACGAAGUGUUGGCUAAAUUGUAUGAAAAAUUGAAACAAGUUCCGUCCGAUUUACAACCGAUAUACGAAGAGAGUUUUCAAAAACUGCUAGGAAUAAGGGAAUUCAUGAAAGUGGAAUAUUUUUCUGCGUAUUUGAACGUAUUAUAUCAACAGAAUAAAUAUUUAGAAGUCUUUGAAAACGCGGAAAAAAUGUCCAUGGUGUUCGAAAGGGAUACAGUAUCAUUGACAUGGAUGUGUAAAAUUUACAAUCAAUCUUUCGUUGAGGAGUCUAAUCUACAUGCUAAUUUCAGUGAGAAGAUUGCAGAUUAUUUACCUAAAUUACAAAAAUUAGAUCCAAAGAACGUCGCUGGCUUAUUUUCUAAAAGCAUCCAAUUGUUACUAGAAAACGAUUUAACAGAAACGAAAAACAUAUUAAAAGAAGUGUGCGCAUUAAGACCAGGUUUAAUCCACGCUUGGGUAUUAUUAACAAGCACUUACCUAAAAUUACAUCAAUUCCAAGACGCUCUCCAAACUUGCAAAUACGCUAAUAAAUUACUAAACUCUGGUAAAUACACCAACGCAAUUCUUCAGAAAAUUAUAGACAAUUUGUAUUUGCAGUUAUUAGCGAAAUCCUCCAACAAAGAUGAUUGGAAUGAAGCAAUAGAUAUAUACUUAAAUAUCAAAGACAAAAGUACUCGAGAAAACAACUUGGAACAUGUAAUUUGUAUUUAUAUCAAAAUGGAAGAGUUUACCGAAGCAUCAGCAUUACUAAAAGAAUUAGAAAUGAUUGAUCAAAACAAGGCGAUAUUUCUACAAGCGAAAUUGUUACAAACUCAAAAUAAUUACCGUGAAUCGUUAGAUUUACUAGAAAGAAACUUCCAAGAAACUUCCGAAUGGCUGUGCGAAAUCGGCACAAAUUACUGGCAUUUAGAAGACCUGAAGAACGCUUUAACACAUUUUCUAAAAGCAGCAAAAUGCGACGCCAAUAACUACAUAUGCUUCUUCCACCUAGGAAACUAUUACCAAAAAAUCGGAGACUUCGACAAAGCGCGACGAUGCUACGAAAAAGCUUAUAGCUUGAACAAAUCCUCUCGAGAAGUGGCCAUCGAGCUGAGCAAAAUGUACAGCAAAUCGCGAAACUGGGAAGCCGCCCAAAAUUUAUUGCUCAAUCUAACAGAAGGCCCGAUCAACGAAACAAACUCGUGGGCUUGGCUGCAACUGGGCUUGAGCUAUUUGGAGCAGGAAGAGUACUCAAAGGCCAUAGAAAAAUUGCAAUUCGUCGUUAGAGUAGAAAAAGAAAACACCUACUACUGGCAGUGCUUAGCGGAUGCCUACUUUGCCAGAGGUUCGUACAUCUCGGCUCUCAAGUGCUACGAAAAAUCGACCGAGUACACCGAAAACACUCUGUAUCCUUCCUUGCAAAUAGCAAACAUUAAACACACUUUAAGAAUCUACGAUGAAGCCAGAUGCGAAUUCAUGGAAAUCCUCUCGAAGAACGAACGAUACAUUCCAGCCUUGAAAGGCUUGGCUGAGACUUCAUUGAACCAAGCCUGGGAAUGCUAUAGGGCUCAAAGACUGGGAACUGCUAGAGAUCACGCCCAAUCAGCAAUCGACAAUUUGAUUGUAGCAGUUAAGGAAAGAAAUAAUUUUUCAUGCCUGUGGAAACUCAUCGGUGACACUUGCCUGUUCGUAACGAACCUACCGGAAAAACACCGGCAUCUUUCCAUCACCGAAGCUUUAAUGGAAGGCAAAUCCACGAUAAGAACUGAGGAUCUUUUCUCUUUGAGCGCCAGUUGUUACUGCAGAGCCAUAAGCCUAACUAGCGAUAAUAUUCUCAUAUGGCACGACCUAUCGAACUGCUACCUAAAACACGCUUUACAUCUUACCGAUAAAGAAAAGAGGAACACCCUAUUUACCUACGCGAGUGCAGCUGCGACAAAUUGCUCGGAAACCAACCCCAACAAUUGGCAACAUUGGAAUUUACUGGGAAACAUAUCGAUGUACCAAGAUAAUCCGAACUUUGCGCUGGCCCAACAUUAUUUCAUUAAAGCCGUCACAGUGGAAAAUAACAAUCCCAUCUCCUGGUGCAAUUUGGGCGUUCUGUACCUCAUGAUGGAUGACAUAAAACUGGCUAACAAAGCAUUCGCUCAAGGCCAGAGGUCCGAUCCUAAUUUCGUCAACAACUGGAUAGGGCAAGCUUUAAUAGCGGAAACGCUCGGAGUAGAAGAAGCUAUGGACUUAUUUAGACAUAGUGUUCAACUGAGUCACCAUCAGCAAGGAGCCCUGGGUUACGGGCAUUGGGUUUGCCAAACACUAUUGGAUGCUCCGCAAAAAACAAUCAGCUACUCGAUAGAAGGAAUGCACGCUGUACCAGUCGCUUGCGAUGCACUUGAGUGGUUCACGGAAAUCGAAGAAGAUAACAGCUGCGCCUGGAACAUGUUGGGAAUCCUUAAAGAAAGAUUAAAACAGAAUAAAGGUAGUUUGGAAGCCUUCAAAAACGCCUACAAAUUGAAAACAAACUGCGAUUUGGUGCGAGUUAAUUACGGGCGACUGUUGUACAAACAAAACGAGUACAUAGGCGCUAUUAAAACGUUCCAAGAAGUGCAGGCGGCUACGUUCAGUUCCGGCAGCGGUCUAGCUUUGUCCCUGUUCAAAAAUCAUAACUACGAGGAAUCCUACGCGGCUUACGAGCAAGCCUUGCACUGGCUGACUGAAGAGCAAUCGCAUCAAUCCGAACUGUUAGUAGCCCUCGCUUCGAUGGCCUACAUGUUUCAAGGAUCAGAAGGAGCUAAAACGUUGCUAUUUCAAAGCAUACAACUCAAACCGCCCUCACCUUGGGGUUUAUACGCCACGUUGGCUCUCGGUUUGAUACACCAAGACAUGGAAUUGGCCGAGCUCGUGUUGAAAGAACUGGAGCGUUUUAAGGACGAUCAACGCUGUCUUUCGCAUUACGCGAUUCUGUUGGGUACGAUGCUGUUGAGGCAAGAAAAGCCCGAUAAAGCGAUUAGAGAGUUGUCGAAAUUGGUGCACCGCCAUCCUAAUAAUUCAGAGGUUUGGUUGACAUUGGCUGUGACUAUGCUCAGGGUGAAAAGCGAACGUAAGCGUGCCGUGACGGCGGUGAAGUGUGCUCAAAUCGCCCUCGAAAGCGGAAAAACUAAAAUGGACGUUACUAAAAAUCUUAGUUACGUUUCUUUAGGUUAUUUGUUGGCGGGAGAUGCGAAAAGAGCGCUGGUUUCUGCUCAAAAAGCUAUUUUUUGUUAUCCGAAUUUGGCUGAUGGUUGGGCUUUACUUUCGGCUAUAUUGGUGCAGACUAAAAUUAAAUCUCACGACGAUUUUAUGAGGAAGAUUUUUAAGUAUAUUUAUGAUUUAAAUCCUACAGAGUUACUCAUGAAUUGGUUAAAAAGGUUACAAAAAAGUUUGAAUCAAAUUUGAAAAUGCCCAAUAUUUGUUUUAAUUUUUGCAUUUGAUGUACGUGACGAAUGUUUACACUUAUUAUUGAAUAAAAACCUAUUGAAAAAAUAAACAGUAUUAUUAUGCAACUAUUUACUAUAAAUUUACUUAAUUUAAUAUUUUACAAUGGGCACAUUUUGUUAUAUCAACAUUUUUUCCUAAAAUACUCGAUAAUUCGUUUUGUAGCAAUUCGUGCAAUGUAUUAUAAUCGUGUUUAUAGAUCCAAAAACUUCCAUCUUCAACAAAAUCGUAACGUUUCGGACCAGAUGUCGGGGAACUUAACCAAAUUUGUUUAUUC